AAAGCCGUGUAUCAAGACGACACAAUGUACAGGGAGAGGCUGGAAAAGAUGGAGGGGAUGGUGGACUCGGUGGACCAAGUUGUGAAAUAUUUGGCAGAAACGUUAAAGAAUUCUAAGGUGAUAGAUUUCACUCUGAAGGGUGGUGUUCCUUGGAAGACAGGGACCCCGACUGAAAUCCUCAACGAGACGAAAGAUAAACCAGAAGAGAAAGCGUCAAAAGGAAAGCAUGUCCCCAUCAAGAAAGGAAUCCAGGUCGAAGACCAGAAUUCCUUGGAAGAAAACAAAAGGGAGAAAAAAUUGGAUGAACCAGACGGAGUCUGUGAAAAGGUGAACGUGACUAGAACAGAUCUUUCCAAUGCUGGCUCCAUCCCAUGUGGGAAAGAAAGGAUGUCCCAGGCUGAAUCGACAGAAGUUUUGGGUUGCCAACAGCAAAAAGAUGCCAGUAUCGGUGCCCUGGCCAAGAACGAUAGCCUUUCCUGCGUCACUGGAGGCAAUCUAACAGCAUCAGAAACUACAGACCGAGAACCUCCGACAAAGACUGUCAGUCCAAAUCCUAAGGAAAGCGAAAAGGAGGUUUCUCAACCCGUUUCUCCAACUCAGGAAGCUGCCCCGUCCACUUCCAAGUCUGGAGGGGAAGUUAUACGGACAAGAAUUUCCAUCAACGUCCAAAUGAGCGACACUCAAGUGAAGCCUCCAAAGAGCCAACAAGGAAACGUCGGAGGGGGCCACACCGGCAAAAUCCCCAGAGCCGCUCUGCCCCGGCCUCCACCUCUGGCAGGUGAAGGAACGAAACGUUGCCCGGACUUCUUUAAGGGUAAGCAGGCCUCUAAGAGCGGCAGGACUGAUCCCUCCCAAGGCAGAAAAGGGGCCACGUUUUCGGACAAGCCAGGUGAGCGGACGCCUCAGCUGGGGGAUCCGCAGCCGCUUGCGAAGGCCGAGGAGAAAGGAGACCUGAAAGGCAAGAUGGCCGGCUCCAUUGCAAAGGAUUCUGGGAAAGAUCUGGGAGCCACAGUGAAAAGGUCCAAAGAAGGGGCAACGAUGAGGAAAGACUCUGUAAAAGAUGGCAAACUGGAGACUGUAGAACCCGGCGGCGCCCCUGCAGCGCAGCAGGAAAGUGGAUCCAGUCAGCAUGCAGGGAAACCAUCCGGAAACAGCGCUUUGGUGGAAUCGGGUAAAAUUGAAGAAGUGAUCAUUGAUGACAGCCCUCCGCCCCCUGCUCCGUUCCAGCAUCGCAUCGUCAGCAUCAAGCAAACCGAGGUGUCAGCGGCCUAUUUGGUUUGCCAUCAUGAAGUCUUGGGAGGGGGGCGUUUUGGUCAAGUCCACAAGUGCACAGAAAAGUCAACCGGGCUGUGUCUCGCGGCCAAGAUCAUCAAGGUCAAAGCAGCAAAGGAAAGGGAAGAAGUGAAAAACGAAAUAAACAUCAUGAACCAGCUCAACCACGUGAACUUGAUCCAGCUGUAUGAUGCUUUUGAAUGCAAGAACAACCUCACUUUAAUCAUGGAAUAUGUUGAUGGAGGUGAACUGUUUGACCGGAUCACAGACGAAGCCUACCAUCUGACUGAACUGGACGCUAUCCUGUUUACUAAGCAAAUAUGUGAAGGAAUCCACUACCUCCAUCAACAAUACAUUCUUCAUCUCGACCUCAAGCCCGAGAAUAUCCUCUGUGUGAAUCACACUGGGAACCAGAUCAAAAUAAUCGAUUUUGGACUAGCAAGAAGGUACAAGCCGCGCGAGAAGCUGAAGGUGAAUUUCGGCACACCGGAAUUCUUGGCUCCUGAAGUGGUGAACUACGACUUUGUGUCGUUCCCCACGGACAUGUGGAGUGUGGGCGUCAUCACUUACAUGCUGCUGAGUGGUUUAUCACCUUUCCUGGGAGAAACAGACACAGAGACGAUGAAUUACAUUGUGAACUGCAGCUGGGAUUUUGACGCAGACGCAUUUGAACAAGUGUCGGAGGAAGCAAAAGACUUUGUUUCAAGACUCCUAGUGAAGGAGAAGAGCGGCAGGAUCAGCGCGGCAAAUUGUCUGAAACAUGAAUGGCUGUUGGACCUUUUUGGCAAAGCCCAGAAAUCGAAGGCCCACUUGAAGUCUCAACUGCGGCUGCAGAAUUACAUGACUCACAGAAAAUGGAAGAAGCAUUUCUAUGUGGUCACUGCUGCCAACAGACUAAGGAGAUUCCCAAGUCGGACUGAGAACCCUGCAUAAGCUGCGUCGGGUGAAAACCAACGGACUUGAUUGAUUUCAGCAAGAGUCCCAUUCCUCCCUAUUUGACAAUAAACCCUUUUUCUUCUCCAUCUCAUUAGCCACAAAUAUGCUCAAGUCUGUCUUCAGGCCUAACAGGAUAGAAUGGGAUUCUAUCUCACUUGAUUGGAAGUCAGUUCUGUUUGACAAAGUAUCACGGGAAAAGCUUGAAAUAUGUCAAACAUAUUUUCCUUUCUCUAAUUAUACCAUUUUUUUUCUUGAACGAAACUAAGGAUUUUGUCCUGGUAGUGAACCUUAGCAUUUGACGGAAGGUAUCCCCAAGGAAUGGAAGACAACUCCUAUGGUGAUUUUGCUGGGCUGUUCUCAGAUAUUCACCGUGAAAACAGCAAGUAGGGUAUGAUGAAAUAGAUCUGCUCUUUUUGGCAUUCUUUUGCUACUAUGGCUCUGUUCUUGUUUUUAUUUGCCCACGCUGAUCCAAUACACUACAGCAGGGUUCUCUAACCUUGUUGAGGCCGGGGACACUAUUUUGGCUGCACGACUCAUUGCUUUGAUCAUUCGGGAUGUUUCGACAUUGCGGAGGAGCGGCACAAAAGCAAAAUUAAAUCUCAACCUCUGAUAUUUGCAAGGAAAGAAAGAAUGAGGACUUAAAAUGUAUAAUAAAAUUUAUUACUGUUUCUCUAGAAGAGGCAAGUCUACACAGACAAGGUAGAAAGUCGUCAGGAAGACAGAAGAUUUCAGAUGACGCACCGUAUUUAUAACGUAGUCUAUUGUUGUUUAAAAUGGCUAAAAAUCUAUAGGUUAAAAAAUUUCCAGUGUCAAAUGUCACUCUCCCUGUACGUCCCUGAAGUCUUUGGAGAGUUAGAAGGGACAGUUAAUAGGUGACUAAUUCUUGUGUUCACAUUUGAAACCAAAAUGUGGUUGGUUCUGGUUCUAAGUCUCUUAAAUGUAAGCAAUUUCUAGCGAAGACAACAGACUUUACUGUAGCACCAAAUCCCAAAUCUGGCAAGGUGAUCUAGGCUGCGUAUUGAGAAUCUGGUCACAUGGGAAUCGGCUUGCUUAAAGCAACAGAAACUUGAGGCGCUUUGAAAAGCGUCUGUGAGGGUUUCAGCAAUAAAAUAAGAUGGUUUGUUGAAGCCUUAAA